AUGCUUGCGCUUACGAGGGACCCUAUCAAUUAUCGACCAACGACCAGCGACCACGGCAGCCUGGGGACCUCUCCAUCUGCUUCCGAGGCCUGGAACUUCGACCGCUCCGCAUUCAAUGUCAACAGCUACCCACUCUGGGAUCAGCAUCUUGGAGAUGAAUCUUGGAUGAAAAUUCCGGAUGGACAGGGCAGCGUGCCUCUGCUGACCAGCGGCACCUUCUUCCCACCAGCUCUGCCUGAGUUGCACUUCGACUUCAGCCUCGCCAGUGCACAGCCGCAACUGGACCCUACACCGCCAACAAUCCCCGGUGUUGGUACUACAUCUACCCCUGCACAGCGCAUCACCUGCUCCUUCGCCGGAUGUGGAAGGUCCUUCGUCCGCGCCGGAGACUGUCGCCGCCACAUGCUCAAGCAUGGCCCGCCCAAGUUCAAAUGCGCUGUCAUCGAAUGCGACAUGACAUUCCACCGCGCCGACAAGCUACGCGCUCACAUGAAGCAGGGCCACAAGAUCAGGUUGUAG